UUGCACGGUAUCUGCAGUCAUUUCAGGGUUCGGCAUGGAACGUUAUGAUCUCAAAGAGACACAAAACGUCACAAUAUCGAUGACGUCAUAAAAGUGAGAUGUCAUACUUUCUCAGUUGUCAAGAAACACUGUAGUGAAGGAAAAGGUAGCAAACAUUUGAAAACAUGGAGGAUAAGUUACAAAUACUGAAGUUCGACAAGCCGUGGUAUGUUAUGGUGGAGGACCAUGAGAUGUGUCAGAGCAUUUUUGACGAUCUUCUUGAAAAAGUGGAUAGAGAGAUUGCUAUCAAAAACAAACUGGACGCUCUAAUGGCAAGAGCACAGGAAAGGCAAAGGAGGUAUGAAAUUCUCAAGUUUGAUAGACCGUGGUGCGAAAUGGUGGAGGAACCAGAAAUAUGCGAGGAUAUACUCGAUGACUUGACCACGGGAGUGGAGACAGAGGACGACACACAACAUUUUAAACACGUGAUGGCUACCGUUCUUGAUGAGUUAAAGUCGAAAAUACCCGUUCUUCAAGAACAAGAGACGACCUUGUUAAAGAAAGAUGCUUCAAUGAAAGACACAAACGCUGAUAUAAAGAAGACAGAUAAUACUUUAAGUGUCGUCACUCGUAGAACAUUUUUCCAGAACAUGAAGAAAAGGCUCCGCAAGAUGUUCUUCAGUUGUUGUAUGAAGCAAGGAGAAGACUGUGAUACUUGUUAAAUAUCUGUUCCUGUCUUUCGUAUUUGAACGAUUUGUAAUUUUUUUAAGCAUUUGACAUUGUCCCUAAAUAUACA